AUGGAUUCUCUGAUAUUGUUGAUUGGUGCCACAGGAAUACUCGUCGUCACAUUGGUGUUCACAAUAGUAUACUUGGCGAUCUCGUUAUGUUUAGACACCGAUGAAGACAGCGAAGGUUAUGAUUUACCAUCGAACUUACAGUUGAAUCUAAACAAAUACAACAUGUUGAACAACUUCAAGGAUUUCCAGAAGAUGAGUGACUCGGAGAAACUAACACAUCUACUGAAGACGGCAUAUUGUAAGUUGAAUCCAUUCAAAUUGGAGCACAUUGAAAUCAAUACCAAUAAUAUAACCACAGAGUCGUUGUUGAUUAGAGAUCGUGGAAUUGCUGCAUUUUACUUCAAUGACUACUAUGACCAGAUCACCCCCCUGGUGGAGAAAUUGGAAAAUACCACAAAUGUCAAUGAACGCUCGUCGCUUCUGCUCAACCCGGAAUCUGAAUUUUCAAAUAAUAACCUGCUCAAUCUACUAAAAUACUACCAUUAUGAAAGGAUUCUAAAUAAGUUCCCGCCAUUUGUUGUCGAAGAUUUGAUUGAGUUGAAUUUCAAAUCAAACAAGUCGGGAAUGUUCUCCUAUUCAACCAUCCUCAAUCUACCGCUGCCAACAACCAACAGAAAGAAUAAUAUUGUGUAUUUCGAAAGUAAGUUACUAAAGUUCAACAGCUCGAAGACUCAAAUCAGCUUGGGCUUAGUUAGCGAUCCCAACUACCCUAACUUUUUGCUACCGGGGGAAGUUCCUUACUCAUUUGCAAUCGAAUCAAAUGGCAAAUUGAAUAUGACAUCGAAUGACGCUUCUGAUGAUAUGAUCGUACUACCCUAUUUACAAGAAGGUGACGUGGUUGGGUUUGGGUACAAAUCAAUCACCGGCACUUUGUUUUUAACCCAUAAUGGUAAGUUGAUCCACGAAAUGAUCAAAUACUUCAAAUUCAAGCUCUAUCCCUGUAUUGGUAUUAAGAACCUCCAGGAAUCUGAUAAGUUAGAUCCAACCAUAGUCAACGUGAAUCUAGGCCAGUUGGGCUUUGUCUAUAUCGAGGCAAAUGUGAAAAAAUUAGGGUUUUGUGAAAACAAAAACGAUGGUCUGAUUGGUGCUCCUCCGCUCUAUAACAUGCAGAUUGACAGCAAUGAAAUUGUACUUGACAAGGGAGAUGAUAUACCACCAACCUAUCCGGACUCCUUCUUUGGUGACGUCAAAGUUCAACCAAACGAUGAAAAGCUGACCACAAUCAGUGAUCCUCCAAGCUACAAUAACAACAAUAAUAACAAAACUAAUGAUGAUGAAGACAAUAGCAAUACAAAAAUGACCGACGAAGAGUAUGAGUUAUUAACUACCUCGCAGAAGGAGCUUACAGGGACGUCCAAUAGCGAGGUGGUUGGCCCUUCAAGUGAUGAUUUAGUUGGCACCAUGAGUAACCAAACUGUGGAAACAUUAACUAACGAGACAGUCGGAACAUCGAAUACAAAGCAUUCCAAGAAAAAACUUAAGACUAAAAGCAAAAACAAGGGCAAGAGCAAGGGCAAGAACAAGAGGAAAGGAAAACGGAGUAAGACGGCCUUCUAA